AACUUCUGUGUGUCUAUGUAGGUGUAUGUCAGUUGGUGAACAAGAUGGAUGAAGCAUCAGGCACUGUCAAGGCCUUCAACAGGAACGAUGAGCAGUUCCUGGAGGCAUUCACCAUCUUCUGUGGUCUUGGAAUUCAGAACACCCAGAUGUAUGAAACUGUGGAGAGAGCAAUGGCCAAGCAAGAAGUCACUCUGGAGGUGUUGUCGUAUCACGCCUCCGCUGCGGAGGAAGAAUCGCGGGAACUCCAGGUAACCGUGGUGUCCACAGUGCCAUCAGCCCAGUCGUUGCGUCUUAUGGACUUCAGCUUCAGUGACUUUGACUUGUCAGACACCGAAACCACGCAGGCUACUAUUCGUAUGUUUGUCGACCUCAACCUGGUCCAAAUCUUCCAGAUGAAAUAUACGAGUUUGUGCCAGUGGGUUCUGAGUGUGAAGAAAAACUACAGAAAGAAUGUGGCGUAUCACAACUGGAGACACGCCUUCAACACUGCCCAGAGCAUGUUCACCCUCCUCAAAUCGGGACACCUACAGAAUAACCUCAGCGAUCUAGAGGUCUUGGCUUUGAUGAUUGCAACUCUCAGCCACGAUCUGGACCACAGAGGAGUCAACAACUCCUACAUACAGAGGAGCGACCACCCACUGGCCCAGCUCUACUGCCACUCCACCAUGGAGCAUCACCACUUCGACCAGUGCCUCAUGAUACUCAACAGCUCCGGAAACCAGAUCCUUAGCGGUCUCUCCCUGAAUGAGUACAAGACCACCUUGAAGAUGAUCGAGAGGGCUAUUCUGGCCACUGACCUGGCCCUGUACAUGAAGAGGCGUGGAGAGUUCUUUGAGCUCACCAAGAACAGCCAGUUUGUUUGGGAAGAUGAGCAACACAAAGACUUACUGAGGUCAAUGCUGAUGACUGCAUGUGACAUCUCAGCCAUCACAAAGCCCUGGCCAGUGCAAAAAAGGAUCGCGGAGCUGGUAGCCACUGAGUUCUUCGAGCAAGGGGAUAAGGAAAGACGGGAGCUGAACAUUGAGCCCAGUGACCUGAUGAAUCGUGAGAAGAAAGAUAAAAUACCCAGCAUGCAGGUGUCGUUCAUUGAUGCAAUCUGCACUCAGUUAUAUGAGACCUUGGCUGGCAUGUCGGAGUAUUGCUCCCCGCUGCUAGAAGGAUGUCAGAAGAACCGGCAGCAUUGGAAGCGUUUGGCCGAGGAGAGCGAGAAAGGGCUCGUUACCGGCUUGGUGUGAUACUAACACCAGUUUGGUUUUCAACAAACACACCUUUCCAGGGGCUUUUCAUUCCAAAUUGGUCUCUCAGAAUUUCAAGAAAUUACCAUGUCACCUGAAAGGACAAAUAAGACCAUUGCUCUGUCAAGAAAAGAUUGUUUGGUGAAAAAUAGAAAAUGUUUGACUUGUUUGAAAGUAAAAGAGUAGACACACUCCUUCAAAUUUAACAAACCUUGAGAAGAUUCGGGUCCCAACUUAUGCAGAGGUUUUCUUAAAAAUGAAAUAUAUAACAAACAAUUUCUGUUGGUUUUUCCAUCCUACCUGACUGAUGAUAUGGUUGUACUCACCAAUUGAUAUACUCUGGCCUGGAAAUGCUGAAGCAUCACUGAUUUAGGAUAUGUCAUGACAGCAAUGCUUUGACAUAAAUGCUUACAUAAGCAUGCCAGCAGGUUCACAUGCUGAUGUUUAGGUUGCCGGGUUGAGGUGCUCCAUGCGGUGGCCCUGAAGUGCAAAACACAACGGCAAAUAGGAAAACACAACGAAAUGAAUUCUUACGGAAAGGGUAGGGCCUUAUAGCAGAUAGCAGAGGACGGACCCUUGUGA